AUGGAAUGGGAUCCAACCCAGUUCUUCCGCGAGGAUGAAUCAAUCCAACCUCAUCCAUUUGUUCUCUUGGUCCUAAAUCAUCCAAUCAACGAGACUGCACUCGCUAUUUUACGAAAACAUGCCCUUGCAACCGUCUGCGCCGACGGCGGCGCAAACUGGUUCUUCGAAUCCGCGAAGUCAAGAGGCGAGGAGAGCCUUGAUCUCCCCUCAACGAUAAUCGGCGACCUGGACUCUAUCCGCCCAGAGGUGCGGACGCACUACGCAAACAUGGGCGUGAACAUCAUCGAGAUCGACGACAUGUACUCAACAGAUUUCACCAAGAGCAUGACCCAUAUCCGCCAGAACGAGAAGGACAUCCUUUCCCGUUAUGUGCGCCAGAAUGGCGACUCUGAUGAGAGCUUACGUCUAUCCGUUCUUGUCCUGGGCGGGCUGGGCGGCCGCGUAGACCAGGCAUUCUCGCAGAUCCACCAUCUGUAUGAGGUGAGCCAGAGCGAGAGCCAAAAUCAGACUCAAACACAGGCACAAGGGAAAUCAGACGGAAAGAUCUACCUCAUCUCCGAGGAGAGUAUCACAUUUGUUCUCCAACCGGGGAAGAAUAUCAUCCAUGUCCCACGGACGAACCGACCACAACCAAACCAAUCAUCACCACCACCAUCAUCAGAAAUGAGAUCAAGAAAUUCAAAAGAGGAUGAAUACCUCCUCGAAGAGAACGUCGGCAUAAUCCCCAUCCUGGGCCCCGCACGAAUCACGAUAUCUGGAUUCGAGUGGGACGUUGAAGACUGGAAGACCGAAAUCGGGGGCCAGCUUAGCACGAGUAAUCAUAUCCGCGCUGAGACUGUGCAGGUACAGACGGGGGCUCCUAUUUUAUUUACGUUGGAGUUAGCAAGGAGGUUGAAGCGCGGGCCUGGGCCGAAGUCAUGA